AUGCUUAAUGCCGCUUCGCCUCAGCAACAACAACAGCUUCAACAGCAGCAAAGGUCGAAGCUAAUGCAGUUGCCUCAACAUCAACAGCAACUACUUGCACAACAACAACAGCUCAGUCAAUCUUCUAUGCAAGGAUUGGGUCAGAGUCAGAUGCCAUCACUCCAUGAUUUGCAAGCUCAGCAGAAGUUUCAGUCGGUAAGUUCACAUUACAUGGGCAACAACAUCAAAUGCCAUAUUCACAGUCAGUGGGACACCAACAAUAUUCAGUAUGGUAUGUCUCAAGAACAGCUCAAUCCAGCUAUGAUGAACCGUCAGUUGAACCAGUUUUCAGGUGGAGCAAAUAGUGCAAUGUUUACAUCUGCACAAGGCUCCCCAAGUAGUCAGAUGAUACCAAACAUGUCAUCUAUGCAAUCUCAGACACUUAAUCCUAGAAUGCAGUAUGGAGUUUCGGGUACCAAUGCUCAAAGAGGUCAUGCGUCUCAAAUGUUGGGUGACCAGAUGUUUAACAACAGCGGAAUGAUGCAAACUCAACAGUCGCAGCAACCACAACAGCAGCAACAACAGCAGCAGCAACAGCAAGGAGACUAUGGAAAUAUGCAAACCAAUCAGCAGAAUCUACAGCCUAACAUGUUGCAGAAUCCACAACAAAGACACCAAAACCCUCAAUAAAACUCCCCCUUUUGUACGACUUGGGCUUGUAAUAGAACCCUUUUCGGCUUUUCCGACUUUUGGUUAUAACGUAUAACGUACCAGUACGGGCCUGGCGCAUUAUUUACUUCAGACAAGUUUUAUGUUGAUGGGUGAAGAAUCCUUUUGGUCUUGAGAGGAAGUGAAUUGGAAAUCUUGCAGGAUUUAUCAUUAA